CAACAAGAUGCACUUUUGUCCGUCUUCAACUAUGUUUUAUGAACUUGCAUUGAUAUCAACGUGUAUUCUGCUCAUUUCUUCUUAUCUCGUUAACAUAUCUCAUGAAACGUAUACAAUUUCUUCUCCGAGACAGAGGGUAAAAACAAAGUCAACAGGUAAUUCAGAUCAAAAUAUAUACACGAAAGUAUAUUCAAUUACAUGGAUUAAGCGCCCUAACGACACACCAAAAGAUUUGCUUACAUUCAAGUUUAGGAAUUGUGCGUUCAGGAAUUGCAAGAUUGGUAUAGCAUCGGAUGAAACUUCACUUGGUAAUAGCGAUGCUGUGUUAUUUUAUCAUACUAGCCUUGAUGGUAAGGUUCCAAAUAAGUCAUCCAAUCAGAAAUGGGUAUUCAUCUCUAUUGAAUCUGAAACAUAUACAAACAAAAACUUUUUGAAAAAAGAAUGGGUAAAUAAAUUUGAUUGGGUAUUCAGCUAUAGACCAGAUGCUGAUAUAUCUUUUCCAUACGGGGAACUGGCAAGAACAGAAAUACAAACAAAGAAAAACUACACAAGGAUAUUCCUUCAAAAGUCGAAAAAUGUUGCUUGGGUAGUUAGCCAUUGUACUGCUGUAUCAAACAGGAACGAGUACAUUCAAGAGAUGAAAAAAUAUAUAGAUGUUGACGUAUUUGGAUUGUGCGGUAAAAAGUGUGGUUCUUUCCCUUUUUACUGGAACGAUGACGCCUGUCUAAAAGAUUUGAGUAAAGUAUAUAAAUUUUACUUGGCAUUUGAAAAUACUCUAUGUGAAGACUAUGUUACUGAAAAGGCAUUCCGGUUCUAUCAGGACGGUUUUGGCAUACUCCCAGUGUACCGUGGAGCUCCGAAUAUACGAAACAUUUUACCAAAAGGUACAUUUAUCUCCUCCAUAGAUUUUCCAUCGCCUAAAGAACUAGCGUUACAUUUAAAGCACGUGGGAAGUGAUGAAAGUUUGUACACAAGUUAUUUGAAAGUAAAAAAUAAGUUCUUGUCAAGCUCGUGGUCACAACAGGAGAUGUUGCAAUCUCUUCAUUGUUCUGUUUGUGAAAAACUCAACACAGGGUAUAAACGAAGCCCUAAACUGAAUUUAACACACUGGAUAUUAGAAAAGAAAUGCCUUAUUCCUACAGACAUUUAA